CUUAUUUUAUUCUUUAUUUAAUGAAAAAUGUCAUUGCAAUUUAUUAGCUUGACGCCUGAAGAAGACGACUAUGACUACAAUAAUAAUUCUUUUGACCAAGAAGAAGAGACAUACUGGAUAGACGACUGCGAAUGUCAAGAGAAUCUUGCUACCAUCCUACCUCUUAAUCCUGAAGAAUGCACAAUAGAUGAAGACAAUCAUAUUCAAUCAACAGAUGUGCAUGUAUUCUUUGAAGAACUAGGCUAUUUUACAGAAGAACCUGAACCUAUUGAUCCAACACGGGACUAUGAAGCAGAAGCAAAAUUAUUAUUAGAAGAACGAGACAAGACAAGAAAGAAGCAUGUGGAUUUAACCAUGCCUUCUCUUGAUGAUACCCAUACACCCUCUGGCAUUUCUUCAACCUGCUCAUCAUUUCAUGCUCAUGACUUCACUGUCCCCUCAAAUCAUAAAAUACCAAGCUACGUCUACGCAAGCCAUCAUACAGAUCAUCUUUCCAUUCAUGUUUAAUAUUUUGCAUUUUAUUUAUAUAAAUUAAAAGCAUCAGUAAUUUUCUUUUGCUUCUUUUGGUAAACUCUCGUUCUUCUUCUUGAUCACACCUAAAUGAAUUAUACGAUCGCCUGACAUCGCUACAGGGUUUGAACUACGGCCAAUGACCUAUAAUACAAUAAGAAC